AUGGAUAAAGUAAAUAAGUUAAAGAUAAAAAGGAAAGAUUAUACUAGACUUAGUAGUCAAGAUGAUGUAAAUGCAAAAGAGAAAAAGAAAGUUAAAGAUAAACCUGAAGGCCUUGAUAAAGAAGGCGUUGAAGGUAGUAAAGUCGAUGCCGAAAGGGAUGAACAUGAGUCAUUUAUUAAUUACCAAUGCCUGAGAAAGAUAGAGAGUAUAGAUAGAAUGAAUAACCUUGGGCCCAGUAAUCAAAAGGCAAUUGGAGUUAGCAACAAUGAAUACUUCGAGAAAACUAGCUCAGAUAGUAGAGCUGAAGUUUGUUCCAAUGAUGAAAUUAAAGUUGCAACAAAUAAACAAAAAGUUGGAAAUAAAAGAAAAAUUAGUAGAGAAAGAAUGAAGGUUA